ACUUCCCAACCUCAGACAGACACAAAGGUAUUCCAACCUCUCAAGCGCACACAAAAAUGUCGUCCCAUGAACAGAGCUUCAGAGCUGGUGAAACCAAAGGCCGAACUCAGGAAAAGGCAAACCAGGCGAUGGGCACCAUUGGGGAGAAAGCCCAGGAGGUGAAGGAGAAGGCCCAGAACGCGGCCCAAGGUGUUAGGGAGAGGGCCCGAGAGAAGGGUGGGGCAACAAAUGACAGGGCAUGGGAGAUGGGCCAGUCCACGAGGGAGUCGGCCCAGUCAGGAAAGGACAAUAGCGAAGGGUUCAUGCAGCAGGCAGGGGAGAGGGUGAAGGGCAUGGCACAGAGUGCCACUGACUCUGUGAAGAAUACAUUCGGUAUGGCCCGCCAUGAUGAAGAUGACGACUACCCUCCCCACCCUCCCACAACUUACUAGAAGACUCUCUUCUUCUUAAUGUUGUGAAUGUGAAGUCAUUUCCUCAUAUGUAAUGUCGUGAUGUUUUCUCAAAUUUCAGUCUCAACUAUGUUGUGAUGUCGU